AUGGAAUCCGGAGGUACUAAACGGAGCAGCUCCGAAUCAUUUUUUCAGGUAUCGGUUCCCGAUCCGGAACCAACGGGUCAGUCGGAAUCAGAAGGAAAUCCUGCUGAUAUUGACGGAAAGGAGGAAACGACCCCGUAUGAUGGGCAGAAGGAGAUUGUGAAAGCACUGGAAGUGUUGGAGCGAGAUUCGGUAGCAAUCGCUGGGAGCUUCACCUCUCUAUUUUCUUCUCUCCGUUUAGUCCUCUCACAGGUAACCAGCACGUCGGUUGAUCAUAUGAAUUGCUUCAGUGAUGCAGCUGGUGGCCUUCAGGAAUGUGUGCUCGAUGCAGCGACAAAAGGAAAUCGGUACAUAAAUUCCUGUCUCAGAUUAAAUGAAGAAAUGAAAGGGAUUGAAAACCUUGCCUCACAGCUAAAAAUCCUCCGGAGGAAUGUAGAUGCAUUGGACUCAGAAGUGAAUAGGCUUGUUACCUUUCCAUGA